CCUUUACCUGCCUACUUACCUGUUCUGUAACUUCCUGUCAAUCCCAUCAAGUUUGUCUUUUGCCAUUUUCUGGCAUUCUAACCCUACUCCCUGUUCUGCAGAUGCUCGGACAUUUAGGUUAUGAAAUUAAUUUUCUUUUGAGUUUUUGCAUUGAAUAUGAUGGGGGAGUGAUGUCAUUGAAAAGGAAACAAAGCUGAUUGUGACCAUUAACCUGAAAAUAACUUUCAUUUGAAACAAUUUAUCUCAAAUGAUUUUGUUCCUUCUUUUAGUGUCUUUCCUUUGCUUUCUUUCUUUCUUCUUACUCUUUGCGUGCCUUCUAUGUGCGAUAUUGAUUUAUCCAUUGUUUCGUGUUCUUUCUCAGCGUAUACACCAGGGGGUCACUGAGACAUCCGUUCAGUAUGAUUAAGGUACAAAUUCUCUCUCUGAAGCUAGGAGGAAAUGGAGGCUUUACUAGAAGCAGUGCAAAACCUUGGCCAAGAUGGGAAUGUCCUCACCACCUGUGAAGCUGAAUUGCAAGAACUGAUGAAGCAGAUUGAUAUCAUGAUGGCUCACAAAAAGUCUGAAUGGGAAGCACAGUUCCAGUCAGUGGAAACCAGGCUGAAGGUCCGUGAACAGGAGCUUGGUGCCAUUCGAUUAAUGCUUGACCAAAAGCAGACAGAGGUGGACCUGUUGCGACAGCAGUUACAAGACAGUGAAAAAAUUCAACAUGAUAUGGUAGUGCAGUAUGAAUCGCAGCUCAACAUAUUUCAGGCAGAGAUCGAGAAACUGAAGAAAAGCUAUGAGAAGUUGCAGAGACGGCAGUUCAAGGAAGUGAGAGAGGACAUGAAGGACAAACAAGACAGGAAGGAGAGCAUGUCUGAACUCAACAGGCUGAACAAGAAGGUCGAGGAGUUUCAGGAGAAGUCACUGGAUUGGGAGAAGCAACGGUUUCGUUACCAGCAGCAGGUGGCAUCCCUGGAAGCAGAGAGGAAGCUGCUGUCAGAGCAGUGCAAAGCCAUACAGCAGCAGGCUGUACUAUACCAGACCCAGCUUGGUGAUCGCAAGCAACUGGUAAAGCAAACGGAACUCAUCAGCCAAUCAGAAAUGCAGCAUCUGAGGAGCCAGUUAGAGAGGGCCAAUGACACAAUCUGUGCAAAUGACAUGAGCAUGGAACGUCUCAACAUGACCGUGGAUGAGCUGAAAGCUGCCAACCAGCGAUUUAAAGAGGGACAGCAACUCUUGCAGGAAGAUGUACAGCACUGGCAACAACAACUACAGAAAUCAAUGGAGGAAAAUGAAGAACUGCACAAAAAACUGCAGGAACAAGAAUACAUCAUUCAGAGUAAAGAUCACCAACAGAAACAACUGUAUAAGGAAUUGUCCAGGUGUAAUGAAUUGCUGCAGGCCACAGAGAAGACUAACAGGUCAUCAGAAAGCUUGAAGCAGCAGUGCAACAAUGCUUCGUACAGCCAAGCUGAGCUUCAGCAAGAAGUUCCACUCCGUACAGGUACACAGGGUGAGAAGAAUCUCACGAACGAAGUUACAGUCCUUCAGCAGAGUUUAGAUUCUGCAAAUGAGGAAGUUUUCAAAAAACAAGAGCAGCUGAAACAGAUGGAAGAGGAGCACAAUAAAUACAAAUCAGAUGUUAAAAAGCUGAGAGACCAGUUAAAUUUGGUGGAGCAGCAACAUCAUUCUGAGAUGAAGGGAAUGAAGUUGGAGAUUUCACAGCUGACCACAGAACUGCACCAGCGUGAUGUAACAAUUGCAGCGAUGAGUGCAGCCACUUCCAACAUGGAGCGACAGCUUCAGAGUGAACUGGAGAAAACUGAUAGGAAAGCUAAAGAAAUCAAGCUCACACAGAUUCAGUUCGAGACCUUGAAAUUGGAAAAUCAACACUUGGCAGGAAUCUUGAAAGGAAAUCGGCAGAAUUGCUCACUAAUGGAUCUUCGGGAUGGCUACGUUUCAUCUCUGAGGCAGUUAGAACAGGAAAACCAACGGCUCCAGCAAGAACUGGCCGACGUAAGAAGCAAACUGGAGAUGUCAGUCAAAGUGUCUCAGGACAGAUACGAGAUGCUUCUGCUUCAGAUACAGAACAAGCUGACAGACAUCAGAGAGACUGAGGACAGGCGAGUGGAAGAGCUCCAGCUUGAACAUCAGAAGGAGCUGCGAGGGCUUCAGAAGCGACUCAGGGAGAUGACUACAAACACCAAAGAAGGCAAGCAGCUGAAACAGAGUCAGCAUCCACUGUCCAAGUCUGACUGCAGCAAUUUAACAGAUGGCCCAGGCCAAGCUGGUGAGAGUGACCAUAGCAAUGCACAUCAAAGGGACUCAUGUGAUGUUUCGCCAUCUGACUCUCUGCAUGGGAUCACAUCUUGCAUCACCUUGUCUGCAGAGGAGAAUGAAGCGGAUCUUUCUGACAGUGUGUCAGUGCAGUCUCUCCGUUCACUUCACAGUGACCAACUUCUGCCUCUGAGCCUAGCAGCUGAAUCUCCCAAUAUGUCGAUAGCAGCCAAGUUUCUUGAGGAGGAGGAUAAACGGUCACAGCAGCUCUUAAAACAGCUGGACAUGCAUAUUGAGGAACUCAAAAUUGAAAGUGAAAGAACUGUUAAUAUGUACGGAUGACCCACAGUACGAAGGGCAGCUUAUAGGCUUCGUAUGGUGGAAGUUCCACAGUGUGAGACUGAGUAACUUGGUGCUAUCGUGUAGAUUGAUGAGUCUCGAUGAUUGUCCCAUAUGAUUCCUUGAACUACAUCUCAUGUAUAUUAGAGUAUAAAUUUGCCAUCAUUAUCCAUCUCCUGGUUUCUUAAUGGUUCCAACACUGUUGCUUUUUGUUCUCUCUGCCCUAAAUUAUACUGGAAAGGUGAGACACUGUAGCCAGAGCACUGCUGACACCACACUUGGAGAUGUGGUUCAAACUCCCAUGCUGUGCCCCCUAAAUUCAUCAUUGGAUUUGUCCAUUGUGCUAGGUCAAGGAUUUAAUAUUGGAACUGUCAAGCUGCAAGCCUUAACUGUAUUAGUAUUGUAUGACCACAACACCGAACAUUGGCUAACGUUAUCUUAUUGGUGCUAUGCUAAUAGUGUUCACCAGACUACCUAAAAUGCAAGAAAUAUGUCUUGUAUCUAAAAUCAUGGUGCAUUUUGUUUGCUACAUUGAUGUAAACUAAUGAAUGAAAAAAAUCUCCAACUCCUGAUAACAUUCUUUGGUGUAAACAGAGUAAAGAAACACUGGGCUCUGCUUUACAUCGUCUUUAGAUUAUUUUAUCCAUAGCCUGCCUUGUGCAGGUGGCAGGUUCUCACCCUAUAAUGUCUAGUAUUUUACAGAGAAUCAGCAUUGUACUGCAAAGACAAAUCUGUGAAGCUGGUUUUGACCAGAACCUUCCAAUACUAAUGUGUU